UUGUAACUUGGCCGUGAAAAUGCUAGCGUAGUAUUUUAACAAAUUUUAAUAUUUACGAGUUUAAAUAAAGACAUAACAAUAUGUUACGAAGGCAGGCGCGUUUGCGCCGCGAGUACUUGUAUAGAAAAUCGGUGGAGGAUAAACAGAAGAGUAUUCAGGCGAAAAAAGAUCAGAUAAAAAGAAGUUUGGAAGAAAACAUUCCGAUUCAUGGAGAUUUGAGGAAAGAAGCGCUCGCUUUACAGAAAAGAAUUGAUUUUGAAGAUAAAGGUCCUCAAAGAGCAGCGGUUAUCGGCAGCUUCAGUGGUGGCGCCAACACACAGAGCUCUCAGGAUGACGAGUACCGGUAUGCCGGGGUUGAGGACCCGAAGAUCAUGAUCACAACGUCUAGGGAGCCUAGUGCCCGGCUCAAGAUGUUUGUUAAGGAACUUAGGUUAAUAUUUCCAAACAGCCAGCGCAUGAACCGAGGUGGUUAUGAGAUGUCUCAGCUGAUACACGCCUGUCGCGCGAAUGAGGUUACAGACUUCAUUGUGGUCCACGAGCACAGAGGCGUCCCUGAUGCCCUGGUUAUAUGCCAUUUACCGUACGGACCUACAGCAUCCUUCACUCUAUCAGGUGUUGUGAUGCGACAUGAUAUCCCAGAUCUAGGUCCCAUGUCUGAACAGUAUCCGCAUCUCGUGUUCCACAAUUUCAAGACUGAUUUGGGUCUGAGGACUAUGAGCAUUCUGAAAUACCUGUUCCCGGUGCCUAAACCGGACUCGAAACGAGUCGUCACAUUCGCUAACAACGACGAUUAUAUAAGCUUCAGACAACACACGUACAGAAAGUCGGGCAAAGACAUUGAGCUGACAGAAAUCGGUCCCCGCUUCCAAAUGAAGCUGUAUGAGAUAAAACUGGGCACGCUGGACGCCCUGGAGGCCGCGGAUACGGAGUGGGCGCUCCGCCCCUACAUGAACACUGCCGCUAAACGGCGCUUCCUCAGUUUGGAAGACGGCUGGAAAGAAGAACAGCAAGAUUAAUAAAUUACUAUUAAAAUA